UCCUGAGUCUCGCUCCUUACCUCUCCUGAGUCCUCUCUACUGACACCAUGGGCUGCUGUGGUUGUGGAAGUUGCGGCGGCUGCGGCGGCGGCUGCGGUGGCUGCGGCGGGGGCUGCGGCGGCGGCUGCGGCGGCGGCUGCGGCGGGGGCUGCGGUGGCUGCAACAGCUGCAGGUGCUACCGGGUGGGCUGCUGCACCAGCUGCUGCCCCUGCUGCUACGGCUGCUGCGGGGGCUGCUGCAGCGUCCCCGUGGUCUGCUGCCACCGCCGCACCUGCAGCUGCAACUCGUGUGGGAAGGGCUGCUGCCAGCAGAAGUGCUGCUGCCAGCAAAGGAGCUGCUGUCAGAAGCAGUGCUGCCACUAGGCUGCCAGUCUGGCCUCUGGGAAGCUGCUGCUGGAAACUGUCUUGUGGGUAAGACUUUCUUUCUUUCUGCCAGUCCUUCCUGAUUUGAAUGUCAUGUAGGUGACCUGAGACGAAUUCUCAGGCUGAGGAGAUUAUUUCAUAUUCUCUGGUCACUGAGAUGCUGCCUCCAAAUGAAAAACACCAAUGCAGUCUUUCUCCAUCCAUCACCAAAGUAUGAACCCCACAAAAUGGAGUGAUGAUUUUUAAUGCUAUGCUUUCUCGAAAUUUUACUGUUGAAAUGUUUGGUUUAUCUCCUUCUCCUUCUUUCUGUGGUUUCUGCAUUCUCUCUCUCUGCUACUAUUUUCUGAUGCUGUAAACCGUAGACAAUUCUUUUCCUAAUAAACCAUAAAACUGGCAUUCAAAAA